UUUUCUCCCCUUCUGCGUUCGCUUUGAGCCGCGCGGCGGCGGCAGCAGCAGCAGCAGCAGCAGGUGUGGGCGCCGGCCGCGCAGUGCAGCUCGGGCUGCGGGCACCGGGUGGAGAGCGAAGGGCGCCACGCUGCGGCCGGGGCGGCGGGCGGGAGAGGGAGGGGGGCGCCCCGCGGCCUCUGCCCGCCCCCGGCAGCCCGGCUGUGAGCAGCACGGGCGGCGCUCUGCCGGUCCGUCAGUCCGGUAAAUGCGGGCGCCGGUUCCCGGAGCAACAGCGUGAGCUGUGAUGUGUCGGCUUCCGGUGUGGCACGGCAGGCUCACACCGUUAGCCCUUAUUGCUUUGGCAGCCCUAUUGCUUCUUGGAGCGGGCUGAGCCGAAGAGCAGCUUCUGUGAUCCGUCUCAGUGAGCGGUAGAGUGAGAGCCCCUAGUGUUCCGUGAUAAUUCUGUGGCAUCUCUGCAAUUGCUGGCCGUUUCUUUCCAAAUCCACGUGGAAUGGUUCCCCGGAUGCCUGAAGGUACCCGGCAGCUCUGCAGCUGCUGGCCAGGCUGUGGGACAAACAAAUCAGAAAAGCUGCUGGGCUGUUGAAAGACGCUCUGAUUGCAGUGCCGUGGAAGUGCAGUAGUGCUUAACACUGCUUGACUCCGGGUCGCAGUGCAGCUAGUAGAAAAGGCUCUGCUGAAUUAGAUGGGAUUUGGAUUGGGAUUGUGUUAUUCUGCAGAUACGCAUUAGGCUGGCAGGAGCCCAGCGUGCGGCCUGGGGUCACAUCUUGCAGCCGCUGCUCUGCCCUCACUUGUCUGCUUUUGCCUCGACAUUCUCUCUCAGGCAUUUCGUUUGCACGUGCAGAUGUAAUCUCUGCAGAAGUUAAAAAGAGUAAAUGAAGCCUUUUAGGAAUCAAACCUUGAUUCUUGGCAUGUGCAGGUACCUGACAACCAGUGCUCAGGACUUCCUUUCUGUCCAAGUUCUGAAUACUGUCUGUUGCUGUUUUAGCAGUUGCAGGCAUGCAAAUAGUAGCCACGUGGUUUUAAUUUUUGAUCUUUAUCUUUAGUUGUGCUGAGGGCUGGAAACAGUGUGGAGUGAUGUAUCUAAAUGGGGACUAUAAGAAAGCAGGGGGCAGACUCUUUAGCAGGGUCUCUUGUAAUUGGACAAGGGGAAAUGGUUUCAAACUAAAAGAAGGGAGAUUUAGGCUGGAUGUAAGAGUGAGUUUUUUUACAGUAAGAGCAGUGAGGCACUGGCACAGGUUGCCCAGGGAGGUGGUGGCGCGCCAUCCCUGGAGGCACUCAAGGUCAGGCUGGACUGGGCUCUGAGCACCGGCUGGAGCUGUAGGUGUCCCUGCUCAUUGCCAGGAUGUUGGGCUGGUGGCCUUUAGGGCUCCCUUCCAACUCAAGUGAUUCUAUUAUUCUUUGUCCUGAGGUAGCUCGCAGUACUGGGAUUGGAACUUCAGCCACUGGUGUGGGCAACAGCUGACACUCCAGAGGGGAAUGUGGUUCUGUGCCAGGUUGGUGGUUGCUGUACCAGUAAGAGCAAGAACUUGGGAUAAAAGCUUGUAUGCAGUCUUUGCUUUGGAGUUUGCUCUUUUCUUGAGCAAAUUAGGAAGGCCGUGCAGCUAUUACAACAUGGAUUGCAGGAGGGAACAAAGCAGUAUUUAUGAAAAGCUCAUGUGCAUUUCAGAGGUUAAUUUGCAACAAGUGAAAGGAAAUACUAAAGUUUUCUAGGCAUCUUGAUGAUGCAGUACACAGCAAAUGUUUUGUUUCUUCUUGUUUACGUUUUUAUGUGUCAAACAGCUUGCAGAUCAAAAUUGUUUAUUAGCACGUUUUUGAGAAAAGCUACUUUUGUUAGCUAAGGCUGUGAUCCCCCAUCACUUCCAGCUUGGCAAGGUCUGAGUGAAGGCUCAGCCCAGGAAGGUGCUGUCAGUUGCUGUUCAGCAAGGUGACCUUACCCUCCUUCUGUAAGGUCACUGUGGCCACCACAGCUGUAUCUUUUCUGUUCAGUUUGGACAGUGACCCACUAGAAGGCCACUGGUGUUGGUAGGCUCUGUGCAGCACACAUGGCUGCUUGCUCCAGGUACUUCUACUAGCAGAGACUGUCAGGAUUGCAGCCAAGAGAGGAAGAGUUGUGAAAUGUCUGUUAGUAGGGGUGAUAGAAACAGUUGUGUCAUUAUAGGGCAUCCAUCUUUCCAUCUCUGCUGACUGAACAGAGCCAAGGCAAUUUCUCAUUUUUAUUUAUGCUCAUGCAGAACUGAGUGGAGCAUGGUUUACUGUGAACGAUCGAGGCUAGCAGGAAGCAGGCUGAUAAGGGCACACCUGAAGGUGCAACUUGGGCAGGGGCUGGAAGAACCUGCUAAUCUGAUCAGCAGCAGGGCACCAUAUAUGCAAAAUUUAUAUCUAUUUUAUAACAAGGGAAAAUACAGCAAAGGUAACAGUGAUUGAAACAUCUGAUGUCAUCUGUGAGUAAACAAAGAACUGUUAGGGAUGCUUUCAGUGUGAGACUUUUCUUGUCUGCUCUGUUGAAAUGGAACUGUUUGUUGUUGUUGUUUUUCUAAAACAAACAUAUUUAAAAUUAGAAACAUCAUUUGGCACAAACAUACCUGAGAUUCCUAUUCGCUCUGAAAGCAUGUUUUUUUCUUUUUCAGUUACUCUCAGCAACCCUGCAGAAAAAGUGGCCUAUCUUAUAAUAUUCCAUAUUCUCUUUGUGCUCUUUGUGUGGACAUACUGGAAGUCUAUUUUUACUCUCCCGGUUCAGCCAGGCAAAAAGUACCACAUGUCCUACGCUGACAAAGAACGCUAUGAAAAUGAAGAAAGGCCAGAGGUGCAGAGGCAAAUUCUUGCUGAAAUUGCGAGGAAGCUGCCAGUGUACACGAGAACGGGGAGCGGAGGUAUUCGAUUCUGUGAUAGAUGCCAGCUGAUAAAACCAGAUCGUUGCCACCACUGUUCUGUUUGUGCUAUGUGUGUCCUAAAGAUGGAUCAUCACUGCCCAUGGGUGAAUAACUGCAUUGGAUUCUCUAACUACAAAUUCUUUCUACUCUUCUUAGCCUAUUCUUUAUUGUAUUGCUUGUAUAUUGCUGCAACAGUCUUCAAGUAUUUCAUUAAGUAUUGGACAGGUGAACUGACCAAUGGACGUUCCAAAUUUCAUAUCCUUUUCCUUCUCUUUCUGGCGGUUAUGUUCUUUGUUAGCCUCAUGUUUCUGUUUGGCUACCAUUGCUGGCUUGUCAGUAGGAACAGAUCUACUUUAGAGGCUUUCUCAACUCCAGUAUUUCAGAAUGGCCCGGAUAAAAAUGGAUUCAAUCUUGGCUUUGUAAAAAAUCUUCAGCAAGUGUUUGGAGAAGAAAAAAAGCUGUGGUUACUACCUAUUGCCUCCAGCCAGGGUGAUGGACAUUUUUUUCCAAUGAGAGCUUUGUGUGAAGCUCAGAAUCCUCUUCUGUCAAAUGAAGAGCAGUGGGAAGAUGACGGAAUAGAUGAGGAGCCUCAUGAUUCUGGUGAAGCUGCGUCCCUUGCCAUAGAAAGGGAGACAUAGCGGUUUGAAAACGACAGCAGUAGAAGGCUUGUUCAGAAAGCUCUCAGGAGUCAACAUCCCUUCUCUCUGCAUGGACUUCAGUUUUGAGAGGCAGAAGAUAAGUGGAUCUUUAAGAUGUAAAAGCAUCAAGAAGUAUCAUUUGAUUGGAAUCUGCAUUCUAGAGUGCUUCUCCAGAAAUCCUGCAAUCCAGAUGUUUCAAGGCUUUAUAAGUUUAAGUUAUGGAGUGAACGGAACAGUUUUACAGAGUGAUUCUGGCCAAAUCUUCUUUGGCCUGCUCUCUUUAUUUUAUAAAUAAUAUAUAUUUUUUAUUCAAAAUAGGUUUAAAAAAAAAGUGUUGAUGCGAGUGCGUUUCCAAAGGCCUUUUUUUUUGCAAGCAUCAGGGACUUGAGUUCUCAAAAUUCUUCCAAGCCAUAAUAUUCUUGGGGAUGGUAUUUACACUGAGACUGAUGCUCUAACCUCCUCAGCCAGGUGGCAUUUUCUAAUAUGUUUAAAGUUCUGAGUCUGUUCCACUCAGUGAGAUACAGAUUCACUUAAAUUUGGCACUAAAUUGAUAGUUGAUACAUUUGUGUUGAAAGAAAAAGCACUGAAUGUGUAUAUACACAUGUGCAACUGUGUAUGGAAACGGAACAAUCACGUUGCCAGUAUCAAGAUUCAAGAAUAUUGUGGCCACAGAUGCUUUUUUUUCUGGGGCAGUGUAAAUAUCUUACAGUUUGAGUUACAGUGCCCUUCAGUCCUGCUUAGAGUUACCUAAAGCGCAAACAGGAAUCUUAGGCAGCUCAACGUGCAUUAAUUCCUAGGGCUAAAAGGACAGUGUUUGCAUGGUAAUUAGAGCAUUAUCAACUCGUUCCCAGGCCCGUGUUCCAUGGAAGAUCUUGUUUGUUAAGUCAGAAAGGAAGACGUAGAUUUGAAGCACAGGAGUUGGAAAUGUGUGCUGAAUAUUUAGCUCCAACAGUCACGCUUGGAGUGUCUGUUCCACAAAGGUGAUUUCAGCCCCAUAACACUGAAGGGACUUGUGAUGUACUGAAUUAUCUCAUACUUCCUCAGUAGAUGUAUUGAGUAAUAUUUAAAAGGUUUUUCAGGACCAAGAGGUGAUUAGAUUCUUUAUUUUGCUCCAUUUGCAAUUAGAGGAAUGUAUGGUUAUUCUUACUGUGAGGAAUGGAACUGAGAAUUUGCUGGCAGGAUUAUAUGUAUUUUUCUAGAUCCAAGUCACUAUUUUAUCUGCAUGAUUUAGAGCUGGCAACUCCAUCUCUCGUGUUGGAACAAGGUGCAUGUUUACUGAAUUGGUAUACUACUGUUAAGAUCAUUUGUUAGCAUUUUCUAUCCUGGUUUUCUGUUUGUUCAUCAGCCCGUUGGUGACUGCUUUAACAACAGAAGCAGUUGUCAUGAGAAAUCAUCUGAUCUAAGUAUGUGUUGGUGACAAAGGCCUUGGCUGCAGAUUAAGACUCCUCUGUUUCCUCUGUCGUGCUACCAGUGGCAGUAUGUUAGUGGCACAGAAGAGACGCGUGGAGAUGUUUUGUUGAUGAGUAGAUGUUUAACUGCAGGAUAUAAACUGUGCCCUUUGGACGUGGCGUUUUAUACAUCAGGCUGUACUUAGGAGUAGCACAGGCAAUAGACUCAGCAAAACUGCUACUGCUGAGGUUUAGUUCUCAGAAAUUAGGGUGAGUUCUCCCUGUCUAACUUAUUCUCCUUUUUCCUCAGAGUUCUAUGGAACGCUCUUGGAGUGUUCCUACUUUGGCUGCUUUGGUUGGGUGGUUCUGUCACCAGGUGGCUGUUGACCACUGAAACUAUUUUUCUUGUUAAAUCUCAACCUGCAUUUCUCGUGAAUGAAUCUCGUGCUCAGAUUUAAGCUGUGAAAGGCAGCACUAGAAUUGAUCACAUCGUUUCUGGUAAAAUGUAUUCUGGAGGUGGAUCAUGCAAAGGAGGUGCCAGUUAUUUGCUGUAGGAAGUGUGUAGGAAUUCAGCACCGUUACUUGUGUAUUUGUGCCUUUAAAACUCUAAAUUCCUUGUAUAUAAAUCAGGAGGAUAAAUUGCUGACUGUUCCAUUCUGCCAGCUGAAGUGUGUUUUUCAGAUAGGAAUAUCAGAGCUUGUGAAGCUGUGUGGAUUUACAAGGGUUUUCUGAGCAGGAUCUUGUGUCCUUUUGAGGUUUGGUUCUGUAUACAGCCACGUCAUUAUUUUAAUGCCAUUUCUCUGCCCAGCAAAGCAGCAGAAGAGCUACCUAAAAGAACUGUGGGCUGCAUCCCCACUAGCUGUCUAGAUGCAGCACUGUUCAUUAGUUAGUAAGUAAAAUCCAUUUUUGUCGUGUGGUUAUUAUUGAAACAGAUAUCUUUAUGAUAAUGCAGCUAUCCAGUUCAGAUUUAGAAGCAGCUUUAAAAGUUUCUAACUACCUAAAUGAUGCUUUGGCAUCUGUCCCUAUCUUACUCUUAUUAAAUAGACUUGCUCAUAGUUAUGGCAAAUUCUCCUUUUUCUUAAAAGCAGCUCAGAUGCACAAACACUCCUGCAGGUAAAAGUGAUCAACAGUGUGAUAGCUCAGGGCCACUUCAGUAUCUGCACCACUCAGGUUUUUGAAUGCUUCAGGAUGGAAUGUGAAACUGAAGGAGAAAAAACUCUGGUGUGUUUGAGUGACUGAACAAACUCCAUUUUGUUCUCUUCUGCUUAAUUGAAAGACAUAUACUUGCUCUGCUAAUUGCACUGUGUAUGCUGAAUUCCAGGGCAGUCGGUGCUGUGCUUUAACCUGGCAGCAGCUCAGCAUCAUAGAGCCACUUGCUCACACCCUUCCAGUGGGAUGGGGGACAGAAAUGUGAAAAAACCCAACCAAACAAAAAACAACAACAACAAAAAAAAACAAAGUAGAACUCAUGGAUCGAGAUACAAAUUACAUAUUAAGAAAAGGAAGAGGAAAAAAGCAUGAUAGUAAUGAUAAUUAUAGAUAUAUCAUCAGUCUCUGAGCAGCAGCUGCCCGCUCAGCCAAUUCCCCAUGAUUUUUCCAGGUUUUUUUCCCUGUGAUGCUAUAUGAUAUGCUAUAUCCAUUUGGCUAGUUGAGAUCAGCUGUUGUGGUUCUGUCCCCUCGCUGUCAGGACAAUUCAAGGAGUAGAGAAGCCGAAAGGUCCUUAGUUCCAUGCAGCACUGCUCAGCAGCAACUAAACAUCAGUGUUCUAUCAGCAUUGCUGUUCUCCUAAAGCCAAACACUGCAUCAUGGCAGACACUACGAAGGAAAAAUCAAUCCUAUCCACUGAUAGCAGAACAGUCGUGCAGGCUCCUCUGCCUCCCAGGGUCAGAGCUGAUGCAGAAAGCUGCAGUGAGAAUUCUGGGAGGUGUUCACCAAAGCUGUAAGUGAGCAGCUGGAUCCCUGCAGGAAAAACUGCUUCUCCAAAUAUUGCUGCUGAGAUCUGUUUGCUCCAUGCAUUACUGCAGCUGAUGCUUCAAACGUCACUGCAGAUGACCUAAUAAGGAGAACACUGUUUUUUUCACUUGACAUUUUUGGGCUUUAAGAAACCUGUUAGUUAGAGAUCUGGGCAGCAUAAAAGCAGUGAUUUUGACUGCACCUCCUGCUACCUAUGACUUUAAAGCUGGGUUCCUAUUUAGUUUAUUAUUUCACUUUAUUUUCUUAGAUUCUGUACUAAAGUUGCAUACAAAGAAUGUAGUAUAUGCAAGUUCUGCCAGGUCUGCUAGGUAAGUGGGAAACAAAUGCUUCAGGCUGUCUGCAGGCACUGCUGCAGGUAACAGAGCAGCUGAAGUGUUCAGCUGAGUGCACGUACCUCUUGGAUGGGUAAAAUGCAUUUCCACUUUCACUGGUACGCGGGCUCGGUCUGUGUGAUACAUUGUAGAAGAGGCCCAAAGUAACUUCUGUCCUCAGUGAGUAUCAGACUGCCAGGAAUUGUAGAAGCAUCUGUCUGUGGAGAACAAUUGUGCUGGCCUAGCUUGGUGUAGUCAAGGGAGGUGGGAAAGCACUCUAUGUUGCCAGCAGGCUGCGGGCACAGCAGUGCUUGGUGCCUGUGGAUGACACACCUUGCCUUUGGCCUUUCGUGGUCUCUAUUUAAGCUUUUUACAGAUGCUUCCUAUCGUGGGACUGAGAACUUUUCCAAGUGGGUGCCAUUGUGUGAAAGAAAGAAUUCUCUUGCUGGAUUGCACUGUUGUACCUGCUGCCCUGUCUUAUCCCUGUUCUCUUAGGCUAACGCUCCAAAAUAAUUCACCACUAACAGCCACCUCCUCACCUCUCCCAUCUCUCCCAUUUACGUUCAGGUAGGCUAUACUCUUAGAGAAGGCAUCAUAUUGAUGCCUUUGCGGAUUGUAUUGUGCAAAGUCCUAUCUUUGGUUGGUGAGUGCUGUCCAAGGAAUUAGGACUGUGGUAAGCAUCACUGCACUGCACCUUUUUUCUCUUGCUGAAUCAGAACAGUGUUUUUGGAGUAGAAGAUGGUUGUAUUCCUCUGAUCAAGGAGUAGUACUGUAUGUGUUAGUAAACUGUACUAGUGCAUGUAGUGUGUUGUAGCUGAUGGGCCCGGGAAGCUUUUUAAUAGCACUACAGCAAUGAAUGUUUACUUCCUGGAACAAGCCAGAAGUGUGAUUCAGCAAAAUCUGUAAGAGCUGUAGUUUUUAUAUUCUGUAUGCUGGACUGCAAGCACAACUUAGUAGUUAGUUACAAAACUUAAUGUGUAAACUCUGUAACAUAAUAUGAAUGUAAAAUGUCAGGGAAAAGUAGAAACUAACCUUUUCUUCCCCCUAGUUAGAUAUAAAGGAAGAUGUGUUGCAAUGCAUUCAGGGACCAGCUGCCUCCGAUGCAGUCAAUAAGCCAGCAGCACAGAUUUGCUGUUUGCAUAGCUGGCUCAAUCAUGAGAGUGUUGAAUUAGCAGGCUAAGGAGGUACUGUUGAUGUUGUUUAUUAAGCCAGAAUUAAUUAACUCAGAGUCACAUUUUCAUUUCCGUGACUCUUCUGGUACAAAGUUUCAAAAUUGAUCCAUACUACUUGAAAAUAGCUUGAUUUUAUUGAUAUUUUUCCAAUUCUGUCAGCUUCUGUUUUGUUACAAAGCACUCGUUCUGAAGCCACCAAUUAAAGCAUCUCCAUGGUAGAGUGGCUUUUUUCAUUAAAGUAACGGCCUGUCCAACAGUUGGGCUGUGAUGAGCAUGUCCAGGCUGUGGCAUUAUGAUGUACCCUUCCUGCUUAAUGCUUAUUUCGUUUUCUGGUAACUAACAUUGAGAAUUGUGCCUGCCUUGGUUUUGUUCUUGCUCUACUUCUUCUCUUUUCCCUUUUGCUCUUCCUCCUGAAUAUGUAGUUGAAAUAUCUCAGCUUUCAGCUGUUCAUGCGGUCUUGUUUGGAUACUAACAAGGGGAGUGGUGUCACUUUGAACAGCUGGGCCAUGUAUUUUAUUUGUAAUAAUCUUCAUGUUUGUCAGGGACUGAUUUGUGAUUCCUUUUGUUCAGCUUGCUUUGCUCAGAGCAACUUUCUGCACUGCUUCGCUGUUUCCUAAAAAUCUUUGUUUUCUAGCUUCAGUUUGAAUUGUAAACCAUAUGAAGUAAAAUGUAAGUUUACUUUUCAAGUAUGAGCACAUAAGCUGGUUAAGCCUUCAUGCUGCUUGAAAUCUGUAUUUUUUCUGCAUAAGGUUUUAGGAUUUACAGCAGUAUUUGCUAAAGCUUUAGUGAAUAACAACCACUGUUUUAUUCAAAAAAAAAAAGUAGGUUUCUGUUAAGAAAAAAAGGAUAAAGGGAUCAUCCUUGGUUCUUAUUUCAACUGUGCUUUAAAAAAAAAAAAACAAAAAAAAAAAACCAACACAAUUGGUUGCAUCAAAUGCUGGUAUCAAACAGCUGAUGUAAAUCAGAGGUGUUACACCUGCUGGCAUUUCUGUAAUCUCAGGACUUACUGGGCUUAAACUUCUUGCUGGGGCUACAGGAAGCGCAGGGAGGAAAAAAUGUGUUUGUCCUGUCUCCUUUCUGAACUGGAGCUGUGUGCUGCACUCCUCAGAUCACCACUCUCCUCUCCAAGAGAAAUGAGAUUCCAUGGUUUUUUGAAAACGUUGGCCUAUUUUCUUUUCCCUGCCUGUUCCUGGAGGACCCAGGAUGUGUACAAGCAUCAGAUUCUUGUAUCAGCAUCUGACAUCGUGCUGAUGUAAUGAAGCUCCUGGGUUGGUGCAGAUGUGGCCUCCAGGGAGGAGCAGAGGAGGUAUUUCUGGCUCAGAGGUUACGUGAGGAGGUAGGUGGGACUCUUGUGCUGAUCUGAGUGUAGUCCAUGUGCAGGCAUUCUUCUUUCAGUUAUGCUCACUUGUAACUUCUGUUGUGCACACUGAUACAUGUCUCAACCUGAGCUAUUCCAACUGAUUUGGGAUUGCAGUGUUGGAGCUGAGAGCCUCCAGUGCUCCCUGUCCCAGCUUCCCUCUGGCUACUAACAUAGAAAACAGAGAAGUUGCUGUAAGUUACUCUCUCUGUUCAGCUGCUCUUCAGCUGAGAAUCAUUUGUCUGAUUUGAAAAUGGGUAACUCAAAGAUAAAACUUAAUUAACUCUCAGGAUUAGAUUUCAAAUCUCUGUAUGUUAGAAUUCAGCAUUAGAAGCUGUUUUUAUGUUGCUUUAAAAUAAAGCAGUUUGGCUCAUUAGUGUCAGUGGAUGGUUUUGAUUUGGUCGGAAACCUUGCGUGAAGCAGGACACGAACCUACAGCUGCUUUGGGACUAGGCAGCUCCAUUUGAGAGCCAAGAUACUACCUCUUCAGCUGGGCCAGAGCUUUCUCUGUAAACCACUGUAGUGUAGAGAGCUUUUCACAUCAAGGACAACUGGCUUCUUGGGCUCUGUGCCAAUAGCUGCUGAAUUAUUUGGAACAGUAUAAUAAACUUCCUUUUAUUGAUUUAUUGCUUUCAGUUGCUUGGGAGGUAACCAGUGUGGCCUGGUGUUGGUAUUUAUAAAAAUCCUGAGCCUGUAAGAUCUGCAUAGCUAACACUAUUCUGUUCAAUAACGGAGUGACACUCAGAGCUUCGUGGUUUGAUCCCUUAAUUUUGUAGAAAGCAAAUGUUUUCCAGGGAACGUUGCAAACAGCCUGCUGGCAGCAUGUGGAUGCUUAGUGUAGAGUUCAGGAGUUUAAUGCUGUUGCCAGCAUUGAUACUUUUGAUAUCAAAGGGGUUUUUACAAAAGCUUUGGAUACUUGUUUUUACUGUCCAACAAAUGUCUUUAAUAUGAUUGUUUUGUGUAUGUUUCACUAGCAUUUUCCACGUGUUUGUAUGGUUUCUACAGGUGAAUGUACUGUACAUUCUGCUUUGUCAUUUUCUAUUAUGGUUUAUACUAGAAAGCCUGCAUGGUUUAUACUGUAUCGCAGGCAAGGACUGCAUUAAAACCAUUUUUGGUUAA